AUGGGUCGCGUCCGCACAAAGACGGUGAAGCGCUCGGCGCGACUGAUCAUCGAGAAGUACUACUCGCGCAUGACGCUCGACUUCCAGACGAACAAGAAGAUCUGUGAUGAGGUGGCAGUCAUCCCCACAAAGCGCCUCCGCAACAAGAUCGCCGGCUUCGCGACGCACCUGAUGAAGCGCAUUCAGAAGGGCCCCGUGCGCGGCAUUUCGCUGAAGCUGCAGGAGGAGGAGAGGGAGCGGCGCAUGGACUUCGUCCCUGAUGAGUCUGCCAUCAAGACGGACGUCAUUGAGGUUGACCCUGUUACCCUGGACAUGCUCAAGGCCAUCAACAUGGCUACCCUUCCUGGUGUCACUCUGGUUCAGCCUCAAACUGGUGGUGGUGGCCCUGUUGGAGGCUAUGGCGGAAGUGCUUGUGCUUGCCGGUCUAAGCCUACUUGCCCCACCAGCAAUGAGCCAAUUGGUACCAACGAGAGUUCGUGUUCUCCGGAUGCAACUCGUGGGACCUCAUGCAGGUUGGUGAACGCGACGCUGGAUGACAUGGUAUCCAUGAAUCUCUCAGUUGUUCGGACCUGGGGCUUCUCAACACAAGCAAGUUCACCUGUGCAGCUAAGCCCCGGGGUAUACAAUCAAACCUUACUAAGAGGGCUGGAUUUCGUCCUCGCUCAAGCUAGACUUCGUGGCAUCAGAGUGAUGAUUGCCUUUUCCAACUUUUGGGGUAUGGGAGAUGGAGUGAAUAAGUACAUCAAGUGGGCUGGGCUGAACCACACGGACUUGUUCUUUAACAGCACUAUUUGCCAAAAGUAUUACCAAAGCUAUAUGAAAAUGCUAGUUUCAAGGGUGAACACCUACAAUGGCGUCAGUUAUUUGAAUGAUACGACCAUCCUGGGCUGGAACCUGCUAAACGAGCCAAGGUGCUUUACUGAUGGCUGUCAAGAUUCUGUCCAGAGUUGGACUGAAAUGAUGUCAACAUACCUUAAGAAAAUUGAUCCCAAUCAUUUGGUUGCAACUGGGUACGAGGGAUUUUACGGAGAAAAUCAGAACCACACGUCCAUCAAUCCAGGAGAGCCUUGGGGCCAUUGGGCAACACAGACGGGGCAGGAAUUCAUACGUAACAACAGGUUCUGGGCAAUUGACUUUGCAGUUGCACACAUUUGGUUUCUGACUGCCAUUUACGACGCUCUCUACACCUCCAUGGCCGAGGAUGGAACCGUGCAAGGGGACAAUGUCUGGGUCUUUAAGAGCCCAGAUGGAGAGUAUGGGUACACCAUACGCCCAUGUCAGUCAGCAGCAGAGAUUGUGAAAAGCCAUGCGGCUGCUGUAAUGCAACACAAACACAGCUUCGGUGAACCCUGCUGA